AUGAGCUUGGAAUGUAGGUCGGAUUUAACAAGAACGUUCACACGUCGACCUGCUAUACCGAAGGACAUCUCUCCGAUCCCUGAUAAUUCAAUGCCAUCGCCUACUCCACCCGCAGCUGCAAAUGAAGCCGCUAACCCAAAUCCUAAUCCUACUCCUAAUCUUGCUCCCAGAGCUGAAGGACGAAAUAUCCGUGCAAAUCGCCAAAAAACAAUGACCAUGGAUCCAAGUGGAACACAUGAGUUGCGAAGGUUAUUCGCUGAUGCUAGGCAAUCUGGUAUCUCCCUUGAUGAUUUGGAAGCGAAAAUGGUGGACUUGUUCAGAACAAAAGACGCGGAGAUGAAUGGACGUCUUGCAAAGGUAUCCCAGCUUAAUUGAGA